AAAUAUGUAUCUGGUUUUAUUUAGAAUGACAGACAUAUAUUUAAGUUUAAACAAUGUUAGUACUGUCAGGCUUAAAUGGAAAAUACUUUUAUUUAAAGAAAAAAAACUGAUUUGUUUAUUUUGAAUGUAACCGCUAGUUCCACCAUAUUCAGUCUGUAUAAACUAGACUAAUCAAUGUGAAGUUGAAAGUGUCCGUGUAUCGGUAGUUACCACUUGGCAUUGCUUGGAAUUGACCCAUCACUUCUGUAUUUUGCAUGUUUUCGAGCUUUCAUAACUACGAUCGUAUCAACUGAACAUUUUGAUACAGAAUUUGUGAUUAUUAUACUUUUCUAUGGUAUUAUUGUAUAUUUUUUUCGUCUAAUUUGAUUGACAUGUAUCGCAUGUUUGGCGAGCAUUAAUUAUUGUAAUAGCUGGAUGGUCGUGAGUCAUUGAAGUGUCAUUUGAUGGUUCAAAUCCGGUAACUUGCUGAUCAUUCGCUAUUAUAUACAUUUUCCUGAAAGUACUUUUCCUUGGAAAGUAUUGUCAGAUUAAUCCACGAUUCCACGCCUUUAUACUGACGGUGGAAAAAACUAUGUAGUUGCGAUGGUUGCAAGCACAGCAACUGAUAUGACUGGAUCUAUAUAUCAUGAACGACAAGUGAAGGAGUUGUGUGCAUUACACGCGUUAAACAACUUGUUUCAAGAAAGAGGAUUUAGCAAACAAGAAUUAGAUCAAAUCUGUUACAGUCUAAGUCCUGAUGUAUGGAUCAAUCCUCAUAAAUCGUUACUAGGACUUGGAAACUAUGACAUUAAUGUUAUUAUGGCUGCUCUCCAAAGAAGAGGACGUGAAGCUGUAUGGUUCGACAAACGUAGGGAUCCUAAGUGUCUUCAUUUAGACAACAUUGAGGGUUUUAUACUUAAUGUUCCAACUGAAUACAAAUUAGGUUUUGUGCUACUUCCUUUGAAGCGACGACAUUGGAUUGCUCUGAAAAAGAUACAUGGUGCCUUUUAUAAUCUUGAUUCAAAACUGGACUCGCCGCAAUUAAUAGGAAAGGACAACGAUUUACUCAUAUAUCUAAAGGAUCAGAUAGAUAGCAAGGAGAAGGAACUAUUCCUUGUUGUUUCUAGAGAAAUUGAUAGCAAUCAAGGAUGGUUAAUAGAUACGUGUGAAAAUAAAGAUGACAAUAACGUGGAUCAUGAUUCCAUUAGGUAUAUUGAGGAUGGAUACCCAGACAUAGAUUUGAAAAAAUCUGAGUCUAAGGAAUUAAACGAAAAUGAAGAAUUCCUAGAUAACAAAAAUUCUAGAUAAUUGGAGCUACAUGCACCAUGCUCCAUUCAAUUAUUUAUUCAUUCCGUUGUUGCAAAUUUAAGGCAAGGUGAUUGUAAUUAUCACAAGAAAAGGCUUGAACUUGUAUAAGAACAGAACAAAGAAAAAUUAAAACAGAUAAUGGAAAUUAUAUAAGUGUUUCACUGAGCAUUUUUUACAAUUAUAUUUUUAUUCGUAUCUAUGUGUUGACACAAAUGUGGUAUUUGUAUUUAUUUAUUUUUAUAUUUUAUGAGAAAAGAAUCAUUCGUGUAUGUAUAUAUAUAUAUAUAUAUAUAUAUAUAUAUAUAUAUAUAUACAUACACAUAUAUACACAUAGUGUUGUACUCAAGAAAGGAAGAUAUUGCUUUAUUAAAAGUUAACGUGUAUAAGAAAGGAACUCGUAUUUAAACAAUAGCUACUCAUAUGAAAGGAUAUUUAUGUGCAUAUCUACCGUGAUAUUAUUUAUAUGUGAUAAUCAUAUGUCAUUUUAAAACGCUUGUAUAAACACACUUGUAAUAUGGAAUUGUUAUGAUGGAUUUUAGGUUUCAUAACUCUUUUAACAAUAAAUGUGCUUGUAAUUUGUUU